UGACUCCAACAAGCAGGGAGAGAAUCCCCUCUCAGGAAAAUAGUCACAUAUUCUCCAAUCUUUAUUCCUGGAACCAUUUUGGUAAACCUCUUCUGCACUCCGUCCAAAGCCCAAACUCAUACUGGGCAUUUACGAAAGCUGUGAAUCGUGAGGGUCGUUAGCUUCAUGGUUAUUUUGAGAGGAAAAUCCGAGAUGGGGAGGGGUGCAUUUUUCACACGUGAAAGAGAAGGGUUUUCAUGGUUACAGCUCACAAGCGAUGACCACCCGGACCUAAUUCAAUGUGACAGCGUUCGACAUAAUCAUUCCGUCCGGUGCGGAGUCCGCUCAUUUCAUUGAAUGUCGGAUCUGAUCCCUGGGACGAGAUCGGGCCGCAAGCGGCACUGGGGCCUGGCCCUCCUCGGAGUUGUUAGCGGAGCUGGUCUCGCACUGUCCCUGGGCGCUGCUCCAUUUGUGGCCCCGGCUCUGAGGAGGGUCUGUCUCCCCUUCGUCCCUGCCAGCCCGGCCCAAGUGGAGACGGUGCUACAGAUGCUGAAAGGCCGCAGGGGAAAGCUGGUGGAUAUCGGCAGCGGGGACGGCAGGAUCGUAAUUGCAGCAGCAAAGCAAGGGUUUCGAGCUGUGGGUUAUGAGCUGAAUCCUUGGUUGGUUUGGUACUCUAGAUACAAAGCAUGGCAGGAAGGAGUGCACCACAAUACCAGAUUUUACAUCUCUGACUUAUGGAAGGUUGAUUUCUCAGAAUAUAGUAAUGUUGUCAUAUUUGGAGUUCCUCAAAUGAUGACGUCCUUGGAGGAGAAACUUCAGAGGGAGCUGAGGAGCAAUGCUAGAGUUGUAGCCUGUCGUUUUCCAUUUCCCAGCUGGAUGGCUGUUUGUGAAUCUGGAAAGGGAAUUGAUACAGCAUGGUUGUAUGAUGCAAAGUCAUUUAAAACCCCGUCAAAAGAAAUCGUAAAAACAAUCGAACGGACAAAGCAGGCAUAAUCUUCAUUUACUGCAGAGUGACUACAGAAUUGUCUUCAAGAAUUAAAUAAUGGAACAUUUUUAGAUGUGAUCUAAUCAGUUUGGGGUUGCAGCAUGGGUUUUAAGCCAAUGGCUUGUUUUCCCCAACAGUUGAGUAUGCAAAUACUGAACUUCUGUGUUUUUUUUAAAAAAAAUCUGAUUCUGUACUUUAUCAGAUUCAGAUUGUAAAAAUACAAUUUUAAGUGAACUGUGUAUAGGUGUGAUAUUUAAAACAAUACCAGAAAUGUUACUAAUGAAACCUUUAAUUGUGUCUGAUUUGUUGACAUAUUAAAAUACUCUGUCAGCAUCACCAGCUUUUCCCUGGGAUGUAGAGUGUUGCAUUUAACCAUACAAAUGAGGAAGACCUAACUUCUUUCUAUUUUUGAGAUGUUCACUGUUAGUUGGUGUAGCAAUGUAGGAACAACAUGUCCAGCUUUUGAUCCUUGUCCAACGGUCUGUUGGUUGUAAUUAACUUUGGUAAAAUUGCCAUAGACCUAAUGGACCAUAGGGCUGCUCUCUCUCGAGAAAUGAUUGGUGGUGAUUUAAUUUUUGAGGAUCACCAUACCUUGGGCAUGGGGAGAAGCUGAAAGGAGAAUCCUUCAUGGUAACCUCAGCUGGUGCAAGAAUUGAAUGCAUGCUAUUGGUACCUCCUGGCAUCACAAAUCAGCCAAACAAUUGAGCUAACUGACCUGGUCUUUUGGUGCAUGGUGAGGAAAUAAUUGGAUGUGUUAUUGGUAUUUAGUUUACACCAGCCUAUCCUCCUUCAAUUAUACUCUACUUGCCAAUAGGAGCUGGUGAGGUGGUAAGUGAGGACCAAGGGGUACCCUAUCCUGUGGGAGGGAUGAGAAGGGGAGAGGGCUGAAGUAACGGAGAUGCCUCUGACAUGGCUGAGGGCCUUUGUAAAUCUUGGUUGUGGAAUAAGGUGGACAUUUCAGAGGCCCCUUGUAGAAUCUGGCAUUAUCGGAGCAGACACAAGGGAGACAGAGCAAGUGAGAGAAUAGAAGAGUUUUUACAGGAAGUGGGGUGUGAGGAUUUUUUCAUCAAGGUAACUGAGAGUCAGUGGGUUUGUAGUGGAUAUUGGUAAAGCAUCAAAAGAAUCAUGAUUGUCAAUCAAUAGGCAAUGCAUAAUGACAUCAGUGGUGUUUUUGAAGCUCAAUGCUUCAGCAAACUUGUCUGCAUAAAUGUUCAGCAGAACAUUCUACUAGCAGCAAUUAAAAGGAUACUCGGCUGAUUUCAGGUUCGCUGCUGAUUGCAGCUGUAGCCAGUCAGAACCAAUUGUAGAAGUUGGAGAUAGUAAGAACUGCCGAUGCUGGAGAAUCUGAGAUAACAAGGUGUAGAGCUGGAUGAACACAACAGGCCGAGCAGGAAAGCUGACGUUUUGUGUCUGGACCCUUCUUCAGAAAAAUAAAGUUGCUUGCUUACCCCACCAGAGGGUGCUCUAACCUGGUUAAUUUUGAUUUUAAACCAAGUAAAAGAAUUUGUUGAGGCACACUGGCAGUUUGUCCCUUUCUAUAGGGCAGAAGGUUCCAUCUGCCCCAGAGGUAUGUCAAAAUAUUUGUACAGGUUGAUUACUGGUACAGAAGUGUUUGGUAGCUUCCAGCAUAGGUUCCCAAGAUCAGCUCUAUCAAUCCUACUCAUGGGCAGAGAGUAAAAUUUUUCUGAUUGGUUGACUAUGAUUGAAUUUUCUUGAGGAGUUUGGGGGAUUUAAGGUGCAAGUUCACUUACCUUCCCCUAUGUAUUUUGAGCACUGGUUUACAUGACUUGAUUAACUCAGGCUGUCUUCCCAGAAAUCUGGCACCUGCUACAGCCACCCAGAACAUGGUCACGUCACCCUCAUAUCCAUAAAGGCUCAUUGCGAGAGGUUGUGUCUACUUGCAAAAUUGUCCAGCUUACCAUUCACCAUUGCAAGAAGGAGGUCACUGAGACUCUCUGCUUGGAGACAACUGAAGAUUUUAAUUCUUUCUUGUCAGAGCUGCAGUAGCCUCCUGCUACUAAAACAGAUUGCAAAUUUGGCUAAACAGCAAGGGAUACUGGAUGCGUUGGCCAAGUGAAACUCUGAAAUUACAAAACCCACACACUAGGCACAGUGCAAACACAGCAGCCAGGUGCUAAUGACGUUAUACUAAUAUAAAAGGCAACAGUUAUCCUGGAGAGUCAUACCCCCAACAAUGUAUCCGCUGAACAAAAGAAGGACCAGACAGAAAGAUACUGGGUUCUGCUACACAAAGAGACGAGCUCCCCAAAUGAUUGGCCAGAACUAUUAAAAAAUUCCAGAAAACCAUCAAAAAGACAUAAAAACCGGUAUUACCUGCAGGCCUUCUGAGGAGACCAGCAUAGCCAAAGACGGAGACCAGCUUACCGUUGGGAGAGCGAAAGGAAGAACAAAAGCAGCUUUGCAGUCCCACAGAGAGAGUGUGACUGCACAAAUCUACAAGAGACAUGGGACAUAUUGUAAACUUAAGGGCCUGAAUAGGAUUGGAGAUAGCUUUAACUACAAAAGAAUACUAUUGUAACUUCUUCCCUAAUAAAGUUGGGACUGUUUUGCAUUGGUA